GUUUCAAACUUGUGUCAGGAAGUAGCAGAAGCAGCGGACGGAGCGGAUGAACUUUACUUUUCUACGUUUCACUGUUUAACGUUCUGAGGUUUUAAAGAACAGUUUUAGUGACAGAGAAGAAAAAGCCGCUGGUUAUUUGUUAUUAACUCACAGGAAGAAGAAGACACGAAGCGAAAACAUGACGGAGAAAACAGCUCAGAAUCACUAUGAGCGUCUGACAGCGGAGCAGAUGGAUGAGCAGAGGAUCCAGAACGUGGCCUAUCAGUACCUGUGCAGGUUGGAGGAGGCCAAGAGGUGGAUGGAGGCGUGUCUGGGGGAGGAGCUUCCUGCACCCACUGAGCUGGAGGAGGCGUUGAGGAACGGAGUCGUUCUCGCCAAACUGGGCCAUCGCUUUGCUCCAACAGCCGUUCCUCUGAAGAAGAUCUACGACCCGGAGCAGCUGCGAUACCAGGCUGUGGGUCUUCAGUUCCGUCACACUGACAACAUCAACCACUGGAGGAACGCCAUGACGACGCUGGGACUGCCGGUGAUCUUCCACCCUGAAACUACAGACGUUUAUGACAAGAAGAACAUGCCGAGAGCUGUUUACUGUAUCCACGCACUCAGCUUGUACCUGUACAGACUGGGGUUGGCUCCACAGAUUCAUGACCUCUAUGGAAAAGUCAAGUUCACAGAUGAGGAGAUCUCCAACAUGAAGCUGGAGCUCGACCGUUAUGGGAUCCAGAUGCCGGCUUUCAACAAGAUUGGAGGAAUCCUGUCCAACGAGCUGUCAGUGGACCAGGCGGCAGUCCAUGCAGCGGUGCUCGCCAUCAAUGAGGCAGUAGAGCGAGGACAUGAGGAGGACACGUGGGACGCUCUGAGGAACCCUGCUGCUCUGCUCACUGGCCUCCAGGAGGCGCUGGUCAGCCUCUACCAGGAAGUGUUGCUGCAGGCCAGGAGGACGAAGGAGGACACGGCCGGGGAGGGACGACCUCAGGACAGAGACAUGUAUGAGGAGUAUCUGACACAGAAGGAGAUCCAGGAGAACAUUGAUGUGGUCAACGUCCGUUCUGCCGUGGAGCAGGUGGAUGAGGCUCUGGAUGCUGCAGAUGAACUUUCUCUGCUCGUUGCUCUGCAGCUGCCAUGUUUGGCCCUGAGAGGCCUUCGUCCCGACAACGUGUCCUGGUACCUGGACCAGCUGUCAGCCGACCGGCAGCAGAAGGCCCUGGACCAGGGCUGUGUUGACCCUCUGGAGCCUGACGAGCUGCAGGAAGGCGUUGCCGUUGGUAACCGUGAUGCUCAGAGAGCCAGAAGCGUUGAUGAAGCUGUGACCAGAGUCAAUGCGUCGCUGCGCGGCAACGACCCCAGACACACCGUCAGCUGCCUGAUGACCUCUGACCUCCAGCUGCCUGAAGUGUUUCCAUCAGCUGCAGCGCUUUACCACAGAGAGCUGCAGCUGCUGCAGAGGCAGACUGAGCAGGGGGAACUGCAGCAGGAGGAGCUGUUUGUUGCCGUGGAGAUGCUGUCAGCUGUCGCACUCAUCAAUCAAGCCUUGGAGGCGGGAACCCAACAGAGCUUUGGUUCCUCAUUGGUCAGUCCUUCAGCUGGACUGUCUGAGGUAGAUCACACCCUGAUGGACAGGUACUACCAGGCUCUGCUGAGUGUGAAGCAGCAGGAGGGAGGACGUCUACUCACCUGGAAUCAGCUCCAGGAGGGAAUCAACACGGUCAACAGCUCAGAGCACGAAGAGCAUCAGCGGCUGCUGUGGGGGGGUCAGGUCCGCCAGGCUGUGGUGGGUGGUGACAUCCAGGCCCUGCUCUCUGCUCUGCUGCUGCCCUCUAGUGGCGUGGAGGAGGUGUUGCCUGCCAACGGCUGCAGAUAUCUGACGCUGCUCAGAGCCCAGGUGUGCAGGGACCCGGGAGCUGAGCUGGGAUUGGCUGAUAUCCAGGAAGUGGUGAAGACGGCCAAUCAGCAGAGUCAGAAAGCUCUGAAGAUGUGUCUGGCGGUGGCGGCCGUGAACCAGGCGGUGAAGGAGCAGCGGGUGAAGCAGACGCUGCGUGUUCUGUCUCUACCAGAGGUGGCGCUACAGGGACUUCAUCCUGACUGUGCUGCUGAUUAUCAGAGAGCUCUGAACGCCCUGAUCACUCACAGAAAGGACUCAGGAGACAACAAGAGUCCGUGGGUUCGAGUUCGGCUGCAGGACGGAUCCUUUUAUUACUUUCACCUGAACAGACUGGAGGGGCGCUGGGACACACCUGACGGCUUCAGACACAACAACGUCUUCAUGGACCAGCAGGACAUACAGGAAGUGGUCAGCAGUGUCUCGGCAUCGUUCAGGCGUGGCGUCCUCUGGAGGAGCAGGGAAGCCCUCAUAGUCGGCCUGCAGGCUCAGUGUCGCGGGUUCCUGAUCAGACGGCAGCUCGAGGCUCGGCAACAUUAUCUGAGGACUCAGACACCUGCAGCCGUUACCAUCCAGAGUCACUGGAGGAGGUUUGUCCAGCAGAGGGCGUACCGACAGCGCCUGGAGGUCCUUUACGGGAACUGGAGAGCUGUGGUCAAGAUCCAGUCGUUUGUGAGAAUGUGGCUGAUGAGACGACGCCAUCAAGCUCGGCUCAGUUUCUUCCGACGCAACGUGAGCGCUGUGGUAAAGAUCCAGGCCUUCUUCAGAGCCAACAGAGCCCGAGAGGACUACAGGAUGCUGGUGCACUCAGCCACGCCCCCUCUGUCAGUGGUGAGGAAGUUCAUUCACCUGCUCGAUCUGGGGGAUGGUGACAUCAGAGAGGAGGCGGAGCUUCUGCGUCUGAGGGAGGAGCUUGUGAGGAGCAUUCGCUUCAACCGGCAGCUGGAGUCAGACCUGAACCUGAUGGACCUGAAGAUUGGCCUCCUGGUCCGGAACCGGGCCACGCUGCAGGAGGUGGUGUCUCAUUGUAAGAAGCUGACAAAGAAAAACAAAGAGCAGCUUUCAGACCUGAUGGAUGUGGAGAAAAGUAAAGGGCUGAAAGCUCUGAGCAAAGAGAGGAGGGACAGACUGGAGGCCUAUCAACACCUGUUCUACCUGCUGCAGACCCAGCCUCUGUACCUGGCCCAGCUGAUCUUCCUGAUGCCUCAGAGCCGCUCCACCUCCUUCGUGGAGAUGUUGGUCUUCAGUCUGUUUAACUACGGCUCUGACCGGCGGGAGGCCUUCCUGCUGCUGCAGCUGUUCACCGAGGCGCUCAGAUAUGAGAUCAGGCUGAAAGUGGAGCGGCCUCAGGACGUGGUCACAGGGAAUCCGACCGUCAUCAGGAUGCUGGUGAACUUCUACCGUCACGCUCGUGGUCAGAACACCCUGAGAGAGGCUCUGGGUCCGGCUCUCCAGGACGUCCUGCAGGACCGGACCCUCAGCAUCAGAACCGACCCACUGGACGUCUACAAGACCUGGAUCAACCAGACCGAGACCCAAACCGGACACAAGAGCUCUCUCCCCUACGAGGUGUCUCCUGAGGACGCUCUGUCUCACCCUGAAGUCCAGAGACGCAUCGACAUCGCUAUGGUCAACCUGAAGAACCUGACGGACCGAGUCCUCAAAGCCAUCACCUCCAACCUCCACAAGCUACCGUAUGGUCUACGUUACACGGCCAAGGUCCUCAGAGACACCCUGAAGGCAAAGUUCCCUGAGGCCAGAGAGGACGAGCUGUACAAGAUCGUGGGGAACCUGGUCUACUAUCGCUACAUGAACCCAGCAAUCGUGGCUCCAGAUGGGUUUGACGUGGUGGACCGUCCGACGGGAUCCGGAUCCGUCCUGCAGCCCGACCAGCGCCACCUCCUUGGCUCCAUCGCCCGGAUGCUGCAGCACGCCGCCUCCAACAAGAGUUUCCACGGCGACGGGGACCACGUCCGAACCCUGAACCAGUACAUCAGCCAGACCCACAGCAAGUUCAGGAAGUUCCUGGUGUCCGUCUGUGACGUCCCGGAACCAGAGGACAGGUUCAGGAUGGACGAGUUCUCAGAGCUGCUCAUCGUCAACAGACCCGUCAUCUACAUCUCAGUCAGCGAGCUACGCAACACCCACCAGCUCUUGCUGGACCACCAUGAAGCUUUGUGUCCGGACCCCUCAGACCCCCUCAGGGUUUUACUGAAGGACCUUGGACCGGUUCCCAGCCUACAGGAGCUCAUGGGAGAGUCGUCAUCAGCUGAUCCAGGACCAGGACCAGAGGUUUCUCUGACUCUCACCAACAAGUUUGACAUCUUCGACGACUCCAGCGACAAACCAGACACUAGAGGACUGCUGCUCAGCACUAAGCAGCUGAUUAUCGACGUAAUCAGGACUCAGUCAGGGGACUCUCUGAGAGACAUCCUGAGGACAACAACCUCACCUGACCAGGAAGUGUGUCAUGAUUGGCUGGUUCAACGUCGCGCUCGUCGAGAUGCUCAAACACCUGAGAAGAUGAAGAGGAACCCGUCUCUGGUUGCCAAUGGUAACCUGGGUCUGGAGGAGAAGAAGAGGAAGAUCCUCCGGAGUCUUCGUCGCCUGGAGGCUUUGGGGGUUCUGAGAUCGUCUCAGGCUGAGAACCAGAUCCUGCAGAUGAUUGCUAAGGACAUCCGUCAGCAGCGCGUGCGCCGCCAGCGUCGGGGGGCGGAGCUUCUGAAGCUACGUCAGACUCUGAACCAGCUGCAGGUGAAGAGCAACUUCCACAGUGAACAAGUGGACUACUACAGACAUUACAUCACUUCCUGUCUGGACCACCUGACCCCCCACAGUAAAUCAGCCAAUAAGAAGACAGACGGCAGAGGGAAGAAGAAGAUUCCUGCUUUGAGCUACAGCGCCGCCCGGCUGCAGGAGAAGGGAGUUCUGUUAGAGAUUCAAGACCUGCCGACCUCACAGUUUAAGAACGUCAUCUUUGACAUUGUUCCUGGAUCCGAGAAAGGAAGCUUCAACGUCAAGGCUCGAUUCCUUGGAGUCGAGAUGGAAGAGUUCCCACUCAAAUACCAGGACCUGCUGCAGCUCCAGUACGAGGGCGUAGCCGUGAUGAAGAUGUUCGAUAAAGCCAAAGUCAACGUCAAUCUGCUCAUCUUCCUCCUCAACAAGAAGUUCUUCAAGAAAUGAGUGAUGUUUGUCUCUCUCCUAUCUUUGUGUUUCUAUUUAUCAUCUAGACAUAUAUAUAUAUCUAUCUACAUCUAUAAAGCUGUCCUACUUUAUAUAUGAGCAGAACAGAGUGGGACAUCUCCCUGCACUCCUGUUUUUACACCUGAAUACUAACAGAGCGAGGCCUCUUCACUAAACCCAUCACUGUAUCACACACUAUAUGUUUAUUAUCUGUCUGUAUUCGUCCUAGUAGAAUUUAAACCGAGCGACACGUCCUCUCUCUACACCAGAGACAAUAACUAUCUGCGAUCACUGCUGUGGGCGGGUUAUAUAACUUAGCAUAUAGCAUGUAGCAUGUAGCAUGUUCUACUGACUGUAAAUAUUUCCUGUCACUUCCUCUUUUCUUUGUUCACGUUUUUAAAUCUUUUUACCGAAUAAAUGAUUUUAGUUUAAGUUCA